CUCUCAGAGCACUUCGAUCUUGAUCUUUAAACCUCAGCCGACCCCAGACUCAAGAUGCCCUUUAAUCCACACUACUUGUUGGUCGUCCUGACUCUCUGCUGCUUUGCUGCUCUUCACGCGUUUCCUAUGAGUGGCUUUGCUCCACGUGUGGCGUGUCGCUGCAUCCGGACGUCCUCUGCCUUCAUCUCUCCGAUGCGGUUUCACAAGUUGGAGAUCUUACCUGCAGGAGCCCACUGUAGUCGCAUUGAGAUCAUCGUAACCAAGAAGGACAAGACCAUCGUCUGUGUGAAUCCAGAGGCAAGAUGGAUCAACAAGGUCAUUUCCCUGUUAAAAAGUAACAAGGGAAGUGCAGGUGUCCCCAUCUCAACCACUACGGAUGGCAUCAACAUGAUAGUGGAACAGCUACAGUAAACAUCAUCACAUCAUUCAAUCUGGAGCCAAAUGGAAUGAACACAAUACACGUCUACCUAAUACCAAUGCAUUCAUUUGUAAUAUUGUAAUACCAAAUAAUUUAGUUUCUCUGAAAUUAUCUCUGUACGUAUGUGUUAUUAUUUAAUGUCUUUAUAAUGUACUGUCUCUAAACACAGAAAAAUAAAGAUGUACAAGACAUACUUUUUUUAA